AUGAUUGCGCGCAAUGACGUUUUAUUCACCAAGAGCCCGAGGAAUUUCCACACCAUUUCGGAGAAAAUCAACUACCCCUACGAUUUGCCAACUACCCCAGCGGCAGCAGUUUCCCUCGGAAGAAAAACUAAACUGUCUCAAAACGUCGCAAUCAAAAGAAGAUUUUCAUGGUUAAAAGCAAGAACAAAAAAGGAAAAAAGACUGCUUGCUGUGAUUUUGGCCCUGUGCGGAAUAAGCCUGAUUUUAUUUGCCCUCGCUUUGAUGUUCGCACUGAGAAAAAACGGUUACGACGAAUCAAAGGUGUGCCGGUCGAACAGCUGCAUUGCCGCAGCCGCGAUGCUGCUGCAAAACAUGGACUCAAGCGCAGACCCUUGCGUCGAUUUUUACCAGUUUGCUUGCGGAAACUUCUUGCUGAAUCACCCGAUCCCAGACUCGGACCAAAGCACUGAUUGGUUUCUCGAUCGAAAACUCAGUGUCAAACGCGAGAUAAGAGACACGCUCAUGUUCAAAAAAAGUUCUCCCUUCGAGCCAAUCCCCGUUCGGCAGUUGCGAGGAUUUUUCUCAGACUGCGUAGAUACAGAUUCGAUGGAGCAGAAAGGAAUUCAGCCUGUGCGCAACCUGCUGCGAAAGGUGGAAAUUCCUUCGCUGCCGAGUUUGCUGACAUCGGGGGCGACCGCCGCCCCCAGCUCCCGAUUUAACUGGCAGCGGUCGGCGGCGCUGGCGAAACGGGCCUCAGGGGUUGAUCUCUUCGUAGGGGUGUCCGUCUACCCUGACGCCCUAAACAACACGAGAAACAUGCUAGGCCUCGUGCCGCCCAACUGGCAGAACGCGUUGCUCGCGGGGGGAAACUGGAGGAACAAGGAGAAAAAUAUGUUGCUGCAUGACAGAAAGUACAUUGAGAAGGUUGAACGUUCCCAUCGGCCGAAGAGGUCGCUGUCGCCCCAAAGACAGCAAGCUCAGCAACGAGAGGUGCAGCUGAGGCAAGAUUACAUGAGGCGAGUGGUCGAAUCUGUGAUGGCAUCCGGAAUAGCCAAAGGACCAGAGUACGGGCGGGCCCGAUUCCGGAGGCAAUUGGCGCAAACCCCGGAGGUACAACAGGUCGAGGACUUUGCUCCCGUCGAUUUUGCUACCAAGCAAAUGUAUGCACUCGAAGGAAUGCUCUACGCGGCUAACAACGGAAGUGGCGCUAAUUCGGACUACCAAAUGCUCACGGUCGAUGAACUGCAGAAGCUGACGGACAGAGCAGCAGGGCAAAAUGCAAAUAUCACGAUCAAUUGGGACUUGUUUUUCACCGUUAUUUUCGACGGCACCAACAUCUCGCUGAGUCAGACAGAUCAGAUUCAGGUUUAUGUGCCGUACGUCCAAAAUCUGGCUGCCAUCCUCGCCAGCACUCAGCCAGCAACAGUCGAGGCCCUGAUGUGGUGGCUCCUGGUAGACGCCAGUCUGUUCCACACGACCCGGCAGCUGCGCCAAUUUCGCCUCGCGUACGUCGAGGACGUGACCUACGGCCAGACAGCGCCUUCCAGGUCGAUGUACUGUGCCGGCUUGUCAAACAAAAUGAUGGGCAUGGCUGUGAGCUACCUGUUUGCCACGCCGUCCUUUGUGCGCUCCGCCAGGGAGAAGGUUGGGCAAAUGAUGGACGACAUUCGCUCGUCCUUCAUAGACCGAGUUAACACCCUGGACUGGAUGGACGAGGAGACGCGAAGGGCCACCCUGAGAAAGGUUAACGCCAUGAGGGUGAACAUCGCGUUUCCGGAUUUUUUGCUCACGGAGGGUGGCGUCGAGAACUACUAUCGAGGGCUCGAGUUUGAAGAAGGCCAGUUUUUCUACAACCUGCUCGCCCUCCAGCAACUGCACACGAGAAAUAUGCUCAUCGGACUGUUGAAAAUCAACCAAGAUGAAGUGUGGGCUUCGGACCCGACAGAUGUGAACGCUUACCACACAUUCCAGGCUAAUACUAUAACUGUUCCAGCAGCCAUUCUACAGUUUCCAUUUUUCAACCUGGGCAUGGACGUUCUCAAUUACGGCGCUCUUGGCUCCAUUCUUGGCCACGAAUUGACGCACGGCUUUGAUAAUAACGGCCGAUUAUAUGACGAAAAUGGCAACUUUCGGCCGUGGUGGACGAAUAAAACGGCCAUCGAGUACGAAAAUCGCACUUCUUGCUUCGUCGAGCAGUAUAAUAAAUUUCGCAUUCCAGAACUGCACGCAAACGUGAACGGAAUGCUGACCCUGGGCGAAAACAUCGCAGACAACGGCGGAAUCAGGGGUUCGGUGCGAGCGUACCAAAAGCUUCGGGAGAGAAGCGGUGACGAUUUGCAAGAAUUGCUCCCGGGUCUCGAGUACCUGAUGCCGGAGCAGUUGCUACAUUUAAUUUUUGCAAAUUUGUGGUGCGAGCAAUCCAGUUUCCUCGCAAUGAAGUGGUCGCUGAACGAAGCCCACGCUCCGAAUCGGGCGAGAAUCUGGGGCACCCUGGGCAACUCGCGACACUUCGCCGAAGUGUGGAAGUGUCCUCUGCACUCGGCCAUGCACCCCAUGGAAAAGUGUGAAUUGUGGUAGACAGCCACUUGUGC